AUGCCGCCGUCCUGCCCCUGGGCCUCUCCACCGCCUCAUCAGGCCUUUUCUAGGACGGGUUCCUGCACCUCAAACUCCCCACCGAGCCGCGCGCGUCGGCGACCGGCGAGGCCCUGCUGGUAUGGGGUGGAGCCGGCAGUGUGGGCAGCAACGCUAUCCAGCUGGGCGUGGCCGUGGGUUUAUGAGGCGAUUACCACGGCCUCGCCCAAAAACUUCGAGUAUGUCAGGAAACUCGGUGCCAGCCAGGUCGUCGACUACAACAGUGCCACCGUGGUCGAGGAGGUCGUCAACGCGCUCGACGGAAAGACACUGGCGGGGGCGAUGGACUGCAUCGGCUUCUCCACCACCCCACUCACCGUCGAGGUGGUCACGAAAUCUCGUGGAAGCAAGUUUGUCUCCACCGUUGAGGGGGGAUUCCAGGCGCCCGAGGGAGUAACGGUGAAAAGCGUAUUUGGUACGACGGUCAUGGAUAACCAGGUGGGAAAGGCUAUCUACGAGAAUUCCCUGCCCAAGGCUCUGAAAGCGCGGACUUUCAUCCCCGCCCCAGCCCCUCUGAUUGUCGGGAAGGGCUUAGAGAACGUGCAGGCGGCGGUAGAUCGACUGGCUGAGGGAAUUUCAGCUCAGAAGGUGGUGAUUUCUCUAUGA